AUGUGCGCCGAGGAAUCGACAGUUAUUGGUAGUGGAGCUUUUGGAUUUGUUGUCGUGUUUGGGGAAAAUACCAAAAAAGCCGCCAAAAAGUUGGAAUUGUUCAUCGAGAUAUUAAACCGAGCAAAUCCAAAUUCUCUAACAACAACAAUCACACUUGCUGGAACAUUUCGUUAUAUGAGUCCCGAAGCUUAUGGAUAUCCGAAUCAACGCUUGAUAACAUCAUCGACAGAUUUAUACUCAAUUGGACUAGUUAUUUGGGAAAUCGUUGAGCGGAGAUUAGUUCAUUCGGACUAUUCUACUUCAAAAAUAUUCAAAGAGUAUGAUUUUUUUUAUGAUUUGUGGCACGGGAAAUAUUCACUGGAAGAAAUCAAGUGUACAGAUAGGAAAUUGAAAGAUUUAGUGAUCAGAUGCACAAAUAUUCACCCAGGGAAACGGCCGAAUCUUGAUGAGUGUGCUCAAAGUAUCGAGUGGUUGAUUGAGCAAGCUAAAGAUGAUCCGGUUGAGCCGUUGCUUGUCGAAACACAAAAUGUUUUGAUUAGACCUAUCGGAUUUGAUGGCACAAAGCAAUGGGUUCCAGCCGUUGAUCGCACAGUGUUUGACUCCUUGAGUUUCAACUUAAAAUCAACAAAAACACCCACAAAAUCGAAAACUCUGAGUAAAAGGAGGCAAAUGAUUGAAGUGACUUUAGCGAAAGGCAACAAUUCGAGCAACAAUUCGAGACCAAUGAUUGAAGAGGAAAGAUUUUUGGUUAAUGACGGAAGUGAACAUGAAAGUCGAAAAGUCAACAAGCGAAUGCUUUGUUUGUUUCUAUGGAUGCUACUUUCAUGUAUCACCUUUGCAUUGUUGAUGUUCAUUUGGAACUUUGUUGCUUCUGGAGAUCUAAGAAAUUCAUUCCCAAAUCAAUCAAUUUCGCAAAAUGCUAUCAAUGAUUCCAUUUUUACGAAAUGGACAACAAACAAUCAAACGUUGAUCUCUGCAGUCGACCUCACGAUUGGCUACAAAUUACUCAAAGCACUGAGCGAUAUAAAACUGGCACUACCAGAACAUGAAAUCAAUGCAAUAAUAAGACCGGAGUAUUUAUUUGAUCUCGAUGAGAAACCAUACGCUAAUGGUCAACAAAACUCUUUCGUAGUUUAUCAACCAACCAAUGGAACAUUAGACGAAAAACUGAGCGGUCUUCUUCGUGAAUUUGAUCUUUUAUACGUUGAUGCCCAAACUACUUCUUAUUCGCAAAGUUACAAUCAAAUGUUCAACAGCUACUCCUACAAUUUCCAACUUAUGACGAUGAAGAAGUGCUCACAA